UUUUCCUCAUCUUCUUCUCUCGUGCAGCCCAAGCAACACAGAGACACAAAAAAAAUUCCAAAGAAGAAGAACAACAAAGAGUAAAAUGGCAGCUACGACUCUUUCCAUCGGAACCACAAUCCGUUCUUCAUCAUGUUCUUCCGGUCUUGCUUCCACACAUCACUUCCCUUCUCGACCCGCCGCAAUAAAAUUUCCGUUUAGCUUUGGUGUUUCUUCUUCUUCCACGCUCAGCCACCGUGCAAUCUACCUCCAUCCUAUAUCCGCAGUCAAAGCUCCGAAGAAAAUAAAGAAGAUUGGAUCUGAAAUCUCGUCUCUGACCCUUGAAGAAGCCAGCAUCCUCGUCGACUAUGUCCAGGACAAAUUCGGUGUUUCAAUACUCUUUUCAGCACCUGCUGCAGCGGCUGCUGUGGAGAGGCAGACCAAAUUCGAUGUGGUUAUCAAUGACGUUCCAAUUGGUAAUCGUAUUGCCGUGAUCAAAGCGAUUAGGGCUAUGACUAGCUUGUCGUUGAAUGAAUCGAAAGAGCUAACAGAAGGGUUUCCGAAGAAGUUUAAAGAAGGCGUGACGAAAGAUGAAGCAGAAGAAGCCAAGAAACAGCUCGAAGAAGCUGGCGCCAAGGUUUCCAUUGUUUAAGUUUUAACAAAACAAUCGGAGUUCU